AAGUAUCUUACUUUUAUUUCAAGUGGUCUUGAACAAAUUAUUCGAACCUUGAAAAGGAAGAAUUACGACCUCACCAUAAGCGCUGCUUAGAAAUUGCCUUUUCAAGUAUGUCAUUGUUUACAUAUUUAUUUGUGGUUGGCCAGCACAUUGGAAUUCUUCCUCCCUUGCGAAAAUGUUCAUGUGUCUUAUCAGCUUGAAUCAAGGCUGCAGUCACUGAAACUAGUCAGACUGGUUUUUGUCUUUAUUGCAAGUGACUUCAUUGUUCAUCUUCAUCCAGUCUUCAAAGCCUGGACUGCAUCCUGAGAUGAUACAGUUCCGAUGGUGACAGAAGGAGAGUUGCCCAGGUCCUGGGUACAUGAUGUACGCACCAGUUGCAUGCCAACAAGACAAGUAUCCACAAAUUAACUAUCCAAGAAGACAAAACCAAUUUUGGAACCCUCUCAGGCUAGCUAUUUUCACAGUGGUUAUUGUGAUCAUCAUAGUGAUUGCCAUUGGGAUUGUUGCUCGUGUUGUUAUUGCAGAUGAAAGGACCUUCUAUUACCUUGUCACCUUUAAAAUCACUAAUAUCAAAUAUAAAGAGAAAUAUGGAAGAAAAACUUCAAGAGAAUUUGUAGAACGGAGUCGUCAGAUUGAAAGAAUGAUGUCUAAGAUAUUUCGCCAGUCAUCUCAUAAAGGAAGAUACAUCAAAUGCCAUGUUAUCAAACUGAGCCCUGAUAAAGAUGGCGUGAAAGUCCUUGUGUUGUUCCUUUUUCGCUACCCUUCCUCCAUUGGUGAAACAAGAAUUAAGAAAAAAAUCGGAAAUACACUUUAUCAGGCCCUGAAAAACAAAAAUUUUUCUUUGGCCAUAAGUAAUCCUUCAAUUAAAAUCACACCCAUUGAUAAUAUGAAGACAAGGGAUCUUCUCAACAGCCGCUGUGGGAUACGUACGACUGCAUCAUCCUUGCCAUUGACAUUAGCUUCAACAACUGAUAGGAUAGUCAUGGGAACUACAGCUGCAUUAACAGGAGAGUGGCCAUGGCAAGCCAGCCUCCAGUUAAAGGAUUCUGGUCAUCAAUGUGGCGGCAGCUUGAUCAGUAACACCUGGAUCGUGACUGCAGCACACUGCUUUCAGAAAACCAAGAAUCCAACACAAUGGAUUGUGACCUUUGGAACAACCAUCAUUCCACCUUUAAGAAAACAAAAUGUUGACACAAUUAUCGUUCAUGAAAAGUAUAAUAACAUUACACAUGAAAAUGAUAUUGCCUUGAUGCAACUAGCUGAAAAUGUUGAAUAUUCUAAUGAGAUCCAACGAGUUUGCCUCCCAGAAUCUUAUAUAAAAUUGCCACCUCACACAAGUGUGUUUGUCACUGGAUUUGGAUCUGUAGUAGAUGAUGGACCAACCCAAAACGUUCUUCACCAAGCCAGAGUGGAAAUCAUUAGCACUGAUGUGUGUAACAGAACAGAUGUGUAUAAUGGUCUUAUUAAAAAAGGAAUGUUAUGUGCUGGAUUCAUGGAAGGAAAAGUUGAUGCUUGUAAGGGUGAUUCUGGUGGACCCCUAGUUUAUCCUGAUCACCAUGAUAUCUGGUACCUUAUAGGAAUAGUGAGUUGGGGAGAAUCAUGCGCUCUUCCCAAAAGGCCUGGAGUGUACACCCAAGUGACUCAGUAUCGGAACUGGAUUAACUCAAAAAUUGGUGUAUAAUGCAAAGUUUUUGGUUGAGUAAAAUGAAUGAAUUGUAUAUAAAUAGUGUUCAUCUGAAACUCCUACAUCAUAUGUAUUUUUCAUCUGCAUGUGGUUUGGGUCAAUGCCCUGAAGACGUCAUAUUUCACAAAAACUCAUAUUGAUUUAUUACUCUCUACCUUGCUGCACAUAUCACUUAUAUUCUUCCUCCCAUGAAAAAGCGGAAUCUAUAAUGACAGAUAAAACAAAGUCAAUAACAAUGAAAAAUAUUUUCAAAUAUGAUAUUUUAAAAAUGUUUUCCUAAUGAUUUUUGUUUUUAGAUUGGAGUCAUUCCCAAAUAUAUCAUUACUGCCUCCAUAUUGGACCCACUCUUACAUCAAUGAAAACCAAUUCAGAAGAUUAGUACAUACACAUAUAUAUAAUAUAUGUACAUAUUUAUAUAAUGUAUGUGUAAUGUCUCUGACCAUGCAUUCAACAUUCUGCAUCCAUGGUGUCUAUAUCUCUCUGAUAAGAAGACCUCUCUGAUAUUUUGGUUCCUAACUAUAUUUAUAAACUGUUUUUUUUUCCUAUGGUGAAGAAGGAGGCAUUUUUCUCUAGGAUACUAGGGAGCCUCCAACAUUGUAUAGCAAUUCUUUCCACUUCCUGAUUCUUAUAAUAAAUAUAGCUGCUUGAUUUAAGGCUGGAGGUGAUAUAGGUAGAACCAAUUCUUCUAGGGACACAGUAACUGAAUUAUGUUACUUAUUUACAGUAUCUUCUAGUGGCAGAGAAUGGAAGUUGAUAUAUAAAAACGGGAAAUCUUAUCCAAGUCCAAUACCUAAAGGACAGAAUGUUAACCAUUAUACUAUGGAACUUGCCAUUUAUCUAUCUGAAGCUAUAAUAUAUAACUUUCAUUUUUAUAUAAUGCACAGAGCAUUUAUUUACUAUACUGAUACUCAUUCUUCAUAUUGCAAUAAGAAACUUAUCAUUGGUUUGGUGCUAAAUGCAACUAAGGAAUCUUGGUGAUAAAUAUGGAUGAACAAAGGGGAGAUAUUGAAGAAAGGAUUGCCUCAGGUAAAUCAUAGCUGAUUUCUAAAUCUCCUUUUGAGUGUGUGUUUUAAAGUAUGUUUGAAGACAGGAAAGUUGGUCUUUCCAGAUCACUAGUGGAAUAAUGUAUUUAAUUCCUUAUUUAUAAAGAACUGUGUCAAAGUAUAAUGAUCAGUGUUCUAUUAUGUCUGCUAUUGAUGGCUUUCCCACUUUUCUUCAAUAUAUAGUGUCAUCCUAAAUCUCCAGGAAAAAUUCAGUGAUUUUUAGACAGGAAAGCCAGAUUCACUAAGAUGAAUAGGCUGAUAUUUGAGGAUCAUAUGCAAUACAAAUUCUUCAUGGGCUUCAUUUAAUGUAAUUUGAAAUAAGUCUAUAUGUUCCUUUCUAAAACUACAUAAUUCUAUUUUUUCAUAACAUUUGCAAAAAAAAGGCAGGAUUGACAUUUUUAAAAUGAUUGGUAUGUCUUAUAAAAUGUUUCAAGAAAUUUUUGCCCAUAAACAAGAUUUCAUGGGAUACUAAGAUCUACUGCUUUCAACAGCAGCAGGGAACUCCAGAUAUAUUUGUGCUCAACUCAGGGACUAAUGUGCAAAGCACAUCUCUUGUAGCUGUGAAUUACCAAUGAAGUGUCUGAUUUCUGUUUUUCAUUUUUUUGUCUUGAUCUCCCUCCACUACUUUCCCCACAUUACCUUGUGUUUAUUUCUUAGCUGUGUACAUUUACAUCCUCCUAUCCUACCCAAACAGUAGUAAGCAAGUUUUUUGAGAGCAGGUAAUCCUUUUUUUGAUCUCAGAAACAAACACAUAUCCUGGUAAAGACUUUAAAAUGUUUGUUGAAUCAAAUUGAAAUAUCCAGAAAUAUUGACAAAGUCUGUCAGGCACUCCUGCAGAUUCUACCAAUUGUGAUUUUUUGUUUUUAUUUUUUAGAGGCCAUAUGUGACAAUGACAGAAAAUUGAACAAAAUCCCUUAAUUAUUAUUUACCUGAAAGCAUUGUCUAGAUUUAAGAGGAAAUAUUUCUAUUAUGUUUUCAUUUGACAGAGAUGCUAUUUCCUGAAUUUUAAGUAAAGAGCUAAGUAACAGUAAAAAGAGAGACUGUGUAUAGUAUAUAGUGCAUUAAUUUUGACAUCAAUAGACUUAAAUUCAAAUCCAGCCCCUGAAACACACUUGGCUCCUGGCUAACUGUAUGAAGCCUGGCCAGUCACUUAAUUUCUCAGUUCCAGAAACAAUUCUUUAAGAAUUGUUAUAUAUAAUAUAACAUAAAAGAAUAAAAUAUAUAGUUUUUUACAAAACCUAUCAGUAAUCUUCACUUGUGGAGAGAGUCUCUAUACCAGGAGAUGCAUACACAAAAGAAAUGGUACUAGAUUAAAACAAAGAGAACAGCUGAUUAUCACUAGGGGAAACAAGGUGAAUACAAAAUAUAAUUCUCUUUUCUAGACAAAAACUUCCUAAAUUUUCUGGACAAUUUCUAUCAUAGGUGACAUAUAUUUGAUUAACAACAAAAUCUGCUAAUGCUAUCCUUGAGCCUCUUGGAUAUUAAAAAAAAGAGCAGAGAAUACUUUUGAAAAUUUUCUGUUUGCUCAGUUUCUGUAUUGGACUUAUGGCUACAUGCUAUUAUAUUGUUCUGAUUCUCACUCCGAAUUUUCAUUUCAGUAAGACUGAUAUUCUAUUGGUCUCUGUGAUAUGAGUUUAUUUCCUCCCCUAAUGUUAUUAUGUUAUUUACAUAUGCCCAUUCCUUUAAUUCAAUUAUAUUGUAAUAUAUCAUAUUUUGAAAAUGACCAUAAAAGUUGAAGUUAUAAGUCUUAGCAUUGCCAAGGUGAUCCAGCAUCAUAGUGCACUACAGGCUUCUUAUGCUCUAGCACUAGCUUGGUCUCAGUUUGUUGAAUGGCCUUUUACAGCCCAUUAUAUAAGAUAUCAAUCUUUUAACCUCAAUUCCUCCAUUGAAUGACAUACUGGCCUACCUCACAGGGCUGUUGUGAGGUUUAACUUACAUGAAUUAAUAUCUACUUGUCUUUGAAUGUUUGGAUAAAAGCUAUUAUAAAAAUGCAAAGUCUAUUAUUGUGAACUGCUAGCAAUGCAGAGGGUGAUUUUCUGUCACCAUAUGUAUUGAUAUUUUAAUGUAGUUUUUAUACAGUUGUCAGUAUUUUUAUUUAUGUA